UCGUUUGUUUUUAUAAACAGCACUAAUUUGGGUCACUUUCCUGCAAAUCCCAACAGUUUCGAUACUCUGCUCUCUCCCUCCCUCUCUUCCUUCCUCGUUGAGAUCGUCCUUUUUCUCUCUCCUCUUUCUGGUAACAAAACCAGAAUCCAACACUUUACAAACACACACAGAAAAGGGGUGAGAACGUAACAAGAACAGUAACAAAAAACAGAAAAAAAUGGCAUUGCAACUUCAACACCCAUUGACAUUUCAAUCAUCAAAAUCACCUUCUUCAUUACCAAUCCGUCGAUCUCAUCUUCUCAGAUCUCCUCAUCGCGUUUCCAUGGCUUCCACCAUUGGCGUCACCUCCAAGGAAACCCCAAAUGGUAAAAAGCCAUUCAUGCCACCAAAGGAAGUACAUGUGCAGAAGACUCACUCAUUACCACCCCAAAAGGUUGAGAUGUUCCACUCUUUAGAAAAUUGGGCCGAGGAAAACCUUCUCGUACUUCUAAAACCCGUCGAGAAGUGUUGGCAACCACAAGAUUUUCUACCUGACGCUGCAUCAGAAGGAUUCGACGAGCAAGUCAAGGAGUUGAGGGAAAGAUCUAAAGAACUAUCUGAUGAUUACUUUGUUGUUUUGGUUGGUGAUAUGAUUACAGAAGAAGCUCUUCCAACUUACCAGACUAUGCUUAACACAUUGGAUGCGGUUCGAGAUGAGACUGGUGCGAGUCUUUCUCCUUGGGCUAUCUGGACUAGGGCGUGGACUGCUGAAGAGAACAGACAUGGUGAUUUAUUGAACAAGUAUCUUUACCUUUCUGGACGAGUUGAUAUGAGGCAAGUGGAGAAGACGAUCCAAUACCUGAUUGGAUCAGGAAUGGAUCCAAAAACCGAGAACAACCCAUAUCUUGGUUUCAUCUACACUUCAUUCCAAGAAAGAGCCACCUUCAUCUCUCACGGAAACACCGCUAGGCUAGCCAAGGACCACGACAAUCUCAAACUAGCACAGAUUUGUGGGAUAAUUGCUGCAGAUGAGAAGCGCCAUGAAACCGCCUACACCAAAAUAGUCGAGAAGCUCUUUGAACUCGACCCGAAUGGCACAAUCUUAGCACUAGCUGAUAUGAUGAGGAAGAAGAUAACGAUGCCCGCCCAUUUAAUGUAUGAUGGUUCGGAUGACAACCUUUUUGAUAACUACUCGUCCGUUGCUCAACGCCUUGGAGUCUACACCGCGAGGGACUAUGCUGACAUUUUGGAGUUUCUAGUUCAGAGAUGGAACGUGGAAAAAAUGACGGGCCUUUCGGGUGAGGGCCACAAAGCCCAAGAUUUCGUGUGUGGGUUGGCUCCGAGGAUUAGGAAACUAGAGGAGAGAGCUCAAGCUCGGGCUAAAGAAGCAUCGCUUGCUCCGUUUAGCUGGAUCUUCGGUAAAGAAUUGACCGUUUAGACGGUAAUGUCGAUGAAUCGACUAUUCUACCCUCCCAGUUUCUCUUUAUAGGUCAGUCAGUUUAAUUAAGUGAUGUAAUCCUUUUUAUUAUGUUUUAUGUUGGAAUGGAAUGGAAUGAAGUAAAAGUUGUUGUAGAUACCGUUUGUUUGUGUUGUUUUAGUGGAAUGCAUAAGCAUUUUAAGAA